GUCAGUCAGCCGCGAGACGCGGUGAACUGGAGGUGUGGUGAGUGUUUCUGUGGGCCGACGGGCCAAAAAUGGCGGAGCGUACGAAGACGACAGCCCCGGCCAACCGGCCCGUUCCCAUGAAGCUGUUUGCCACUUGGGAAGUGGAUCGUACAGCGCCGAACUGCAUACCCAGGCUGUGCUCGUUGACUCUGAGCCGAUUGGUGAUUCUACGUCCGUUAGGCUCCGAUCUGACCUCCAUCAGCAUCGCCGUGAAGAUGCAGAGCUCGAAACGGACGCUGCGCUCGAACGAGAUGGCCAUUCCGGCGAAUGGUAUGCUGGAGACCGACUUGGAGCUGCAGUUCGCCCUCCAGUAUCCCCAUUACCUGAAGAGGGACGGCAACAAGCUUCUGAUACUGCUGCAGAGAAGGAAACGCUAUAAAAAUCGCACGAUGCUCGGAUACAAGACCCUAGCCGAGGGAAUCAUCAACAUGGCUCAAGUACUACAGAAGCAAAUGGACUUGGAAUUGGAGCUGGUGUCGGACAAGGCUGAGAAAUAUGGCGGCCAUUCUGUCGCGUUGGCCCGCGUGAGCGUUGUGGCGUUGAGCUCGCAACCGGUAGACCAGGACAAAAGACUGAUGAACGAUCCAAACGAGAGGCUCUGCCCUGAAUACAGCGACGAAGAGGAGGAAUUCAGUUCGGAGGGCGAGGCGGAGGGCAGCGACAGCGAGCCCACGCUCGAGAUGCACAGGCGGAAGAAUCGUGGAAAGAUCCCGACCAACGCCAGGCAAAGAAACUUAAAGCAAAAGUUCAUAGCCCUCCUGAAGCGGCGAUUUAGGGUCUCCGAGGAUCUGGAUCAGGACCAAGAGGAGAUCGGGCAGAAGCUUUCAGGCGGAGACAUGGAGAUCGAGGAGUUGUUCGACGAACUGGAGGACUUAUCGGACAGCGGUCCUGAACUGGACACUAUGUCCAUCAGCAGCACACCGAAACCGUCUCUGCGACCAUUUUUCAGCUCUAGUCGAUCCCUUCUCGCGCCACCUCAUUCCGUAGUAACCAACGAGGAGGCCGGAAGCACUCCCGCGACAGCCGUAGGUCAACAGAGCGCAGGUCAGCCACCUAAAGAGAAACACCGUGUCGGACACACCACACCAGAGCGCGGCGUGGAUAGACAAAGCGACGAUAGCUCCCGGAGAGCGGACAGCGAUUCGCAUCCAGAAAAUUGGACGGAUCACGAGGCGAACGAUCCCCCGAAUUAUAUGCCGGGCUCCCCGCCGAAAUCGGAGCAGCACAAUAAAACCGAGAGCUCGGACAGACGGAGCAGACUUUUUACCCGCGACAGAGGCAUACCGGGUAGUAAUAAGUCUAAAAAGCACAGCCUCAGCGUAGACUUAAAGCCUCCAGCCGACUUGAAUAGCUCUGAGCCGAGGAAAGCGUUAGUCGAGCAAUUAAGCCGCGUUUUACCAGAUGACAGUUUGCCAGACGCAGUGUCGUUGGUCUCGUUAUCUGAUCCUGGCGGAGCGGUGCUCGCCACAAGGCUUCAAGAAAGGAACCAGAGAGUCCUGACCACUGCUUCUCCGGCGGACGUUCGUGCCACGUUCACGUGCUUGGUCACGCGAAUACAAAAAUUUUGCAACAGUUCCGCAAAGCCACCAGCCCCAAUCAAAGUGGUGAUCGCCGGUGGCGAUAGUUUCGUAAACGCGGUGCUACGCCAUUACGUGGACCUGUUGAGUUUUCGGCCGCCCGACUGGCAGAAUUAUCUGAAGUUCUUGGCGGUACCACUGGGUUCCAACACGCUGUCCAAGUAUCUCUGCUCGAUAGACUCGAAGUACUCCAUCUUGUUCGGCGAGGAGUGGAAAGAGCUGCUGGAAAGAGAAGGCGGUUCGACCGAGUGCGCCGCGAGGGUCACGGAGUAUUUGGCUGUCGCCAGCACUACCUUGCUGCUGCCAAUCGCAGAAGCUAUGGUUACGUACAGAGAAACGGAUGACAGCAGCCAAAUAUUCAUCCCGUUCAUAAACGACGUUCGAGUAGGGUGUCCAGACAGCAGUUCGUCCGCUUCGGUCGAUCUGGAGGAAAGCAACAUCACCAUGUCUGGUUCUCCACCUUCCCUGCCGCCACCUGGAUUACCUAUUCCACCCCCCGGUAGGUUAACGCCACCCAGUAGUCCCAACGUUGGCCAGCCUACAAGGGAAGGCUGGGAACCGGUCGAGCUGCAGCUCGAUUACUGGAGCAAGCAAACGCAAGGAGAAAAAGGGAAAAACACGUUGAGGCAAGCCUUCAGGGCCCUGCACGUUCAAAGACUUCCGGCAUUCGGGGAAACCCCUGGUCAUCACCUGUCCAUGAACUACACCACUAAAGAAAAGAAACAGAAAAUUAGCCUUUCAAGUAAUUCGCAUAACAUUGCUACCUUUGCAGUAAUGCGAUUGGGCAAGAAGAAAGAAAAAGAAAAGGAAAACGAGCCAAAGAGUCAAACAGUCGACGGUGUAACGCGACUUAUAUGUUCUGCGAAAACUCACAACAUUCCAUUAAGAGUGAGCAUCGACGGUACGGAGUGGUACGGUGUAAAGUUCUUCCAACUGUCGGCGCAGUGGCAAACGCACAUCAAGACGUUUCCAAUAGCCCUGUUGGAGUACAGUUCUCAACAGCAAGCAUUCAACCCAACGUAAACGUCUUUCGUUCCCGUCAAAGGCUACAUUUUUUGCCGUUUAUUUGUGUUCAUCGAUAUUGCCAAUUAGGAUCAUCAGCUUAGCUUAUGCGCAAACCCGAUAACCAUCAAAUCCAAAAGAACGAAAAAAGAAAUGAAAAAAGAAACUACCCGGCAUAGAGCAAAUUUAAACAGUCAAGAUUCAGUUUGCUGCUACGAACUGGACGAUAGUGGAGGCUAAUCAGGCAAGUAAUCCGACUGCUGCCAGUUUGUUUAUUAUUACAUUUUUUUUUUUUCCAAUCCCUUUGUUCGAGCCUAUUAUUUGUGUUUUCAAGUAUACAGUAUUGUACGUGCGAUCUUCUCGCGUGGAAAAUUAACGAACGUACUUCGCGCGUGUUGCAAAGUAGAGAGGCGGUUAACAUAUCGUAUUACAAUUAACAUAGACGACGAUAAUGGAUUUCGUUGGUUAUGGGAAUGCCACCAUCCGAAGCCAUAUUGUUCGAAAGAAUGGUCACGCAAGAUUUUAUAAAAAAAAAAGGGAUAAUGAAAUUAUUGCUCGAAACGGAAGGCCCUUCGAUGUACAUAUAGGAUUUUUUAAACGACAAGCAUAAAAAAACGGUUUUAUAGCAGGAACUGAUAUGCUAAGAUAGAUCUUUGUCUAAAUCGCAAGAGUGAAGAAAGGUUUUUAAUUAAAUUAUGUAUUUAUUUAAUUAAUGUAAUUAAUCACACACGGAGCGCGCGAGCGACGUUGUCAAAGAAGUCUGUGAUACAGGCAAACAUUUCUCUUAGCGCACAAACCAUGCUCAGAACAUAACCGAACAGCGUGAGCAGGGAUUGUCGAUGUUCGAAAGAGACGUUGAAAACACAGCUUCGUUAAAACGCAAAUCUCCGAGAGAAAAAAAGAAAAAUGAAAAAGAAGCGUAGCUCAUUAGUUAUUAUACUCCUUUUCUCGUUUAAGAUUUCGACGUAUUUUUUGUAUUCCAUUUUAUAGACUUUUAGCCCCCCCCCCAGGCUGCUGUAGUUUAAAUACUCUAUUUUCAGAUUUUAUUAUUUAAUACUUUAUUCCUACUACGCGAUAUUCUAUUCCCGGACUUUCAAUAGACUAUACUCAUUCGCGAUUAUUGUUAAGUCGUUAGAAAAAGAAGCGCGGAUACACUCGUCGUGGAGACGUGGAUGUUGAAACGCAAACGAUUGUAUAGUACGUUUUCAAAGCGAUAUCCACGCGAUAUCGGUCAAACGGAUACACGUCGUAAGAUUAUGAAAAGACAAACAUUGCGCACUCAACAUGCGUUCCUAUUUUUACUUCUCUCUUUUGUUAUUAAAACAAAAAAAAAGAAAAUCUACGACGUACCGCGCGUCACAGUUCGGUUAGCGUAACCUCCGCCCCCCCCCCCCUUCGCCCCAUUGUCCCUCGAUAACCAUAUCAUGUG